AUGACCGAGCGUCUCCACCUCGUUCAAUCAACUGCUGGGGUCAUAAAUCAGCCUUCUUUCGUUCAUAGUGUUUGUUGCGAGCGGACACAGGGGCCAACACAAUGUCGGACCAGACAUCUCCGCAGCCGCUCCAGAUACUGCCCGUGGCCUGUGAACAAUGUAGAAGAAGCAAAAGAAAGGUUCGAAACUGCUUACUCUGAUUCAACGUAUAUCCGUAGACUAAAGAACGGCAACAGUGCGAUCGUGUGGCACCCCGAUGCGGAUCUUGUUCCAAAUCCAGACGGAAGUGUACUAUGCCUGAUGUCUUGGAACAGCCUACUGAUCGAACCAAACGUCAACGAAUGCCGAAAGGCAAGGGUUCAGCAGUUGGAAGAUUCGAUACAGAAUCACCUCUCAGAACUCGAAACGCUGAAACAACUAAGUGAUUCAUCCUCGAAAAGUCAACCUCUUCUUACCGAAUCCGCACCUUCCAAUGAGCGUGACAUCGAAGUCUCUACUCCCGUUGUGAUGGUUCAAAGUGAAAGGCCCGACUCUCCUCUUGUUUUACCCUCAUUAACACCUGGAAAACACGAUGCCGUCACUGCUCCUGAGCAUUCGUCUUCAUCUUCUCGGGAGAAAGAAGCUGUCUACCCUCUUAGUGCGGAGGCUAUCGUUUCGCUUAGCAAGAUGAGCGAGAGUAACGAAUAUGGAUUGUUCAACUCGACAUCCGUUGCCUAUGCUAUGUUAGCUGCCGAUGGUGGAAGCCCCUUUGGUUCAUCCGUCUUGAGAUCCAACAUAUUUCAAGACGAUUCGCACAUCUCUCAAGAGCUUGAGUUAUCAAAGAUGUUGGAAAGCUUCUUGUUAAACCAAGGCGAGACCCUCCUUGCUCGCUACGAAAGGAACUGUCACAGCCGGUACCCCUUCAUACAAAUGGACAAGUUGAAUGGAACAAUGGAGUCGUGCAAAGCACAGGGAAGCCUACAACCAAUUCAAAGAGCGACCUCUGCCGAACGGUUCCAUUUCUUCACCGUUAUGGCAAUUGGUCUUGCCAUGGAAGGGCGAAGAAUAUCAUUUGCAGGACAGAUCGAAGGAAACUUGUUCAUGGUGGCCAUAAAUCACCUUGGCGGCAUAUUUAGAUUCUCCGAUCCAAUCGAUCAGGUAAGAGGUUUAUUACUUCUUACAAUCUAUAGCAUGUUCAGGUCAUCGACAGGAAGCACGUGGCAUCUUGCUGGAUUCGCCAUGCGCAUCUGCAUUGCGCAUUCAUACCAUACCGGCGAACAUUCGGAAAAUAUCCAUAAAACGUUCUGGUCUACGUUUAUGCUUGAGCAAACCAUAUGCGAUGCUCUCGAGAGACUCCCCAGUUUGGGCCACGUGGACCUUCUAUCCCAGCCCUGUUACUCCAAUAGAACUGGGAAUAUAAGCUCUGUAGCUGACGAUGCUUGGUCUUAUUGGGUGACCCGUAGCCAACUGCAUGCAAAGCUGAGCAACAACACUGGGGUUUAUUCUUCGUCUACACAAUCCCUUUUCUCCAUAUACCAACUCAAAGCACGUCAGCCGGGUCUACCGCCAGAGAAUGCCUCUUUGGCAACUUCAGUCUUUACGAAAGACGUAGACCAACAGUACCUUUCAGAUCUCAUUUCCUUUAUUUCCCGAAUCAACAGCACCCCAUCUAGAAAACUCGACCAGUUCUGCUUAUUUGUAUCCGCCUUGACAAUCCGCAGACUCACCUCCCUCGAGGACACUCUCCCCUCAUGGCCCACAGGCAUUCUUCUAUUUAGAGCCGGCCUGAUCUGUCUACGAAGCAUGGGCGUCCUUGUCAUAAUUGAGGAUAGCAACAGGCUCGACUUGAUUCUCUCCGACACGCUACGCAAAUGUUCUGACUAUCUAUCGCGUCUUUGUAGUGAAUUCCAGGAAUUAGCUCACUAUAGAGUCAUCUUUGACACUGCCGUCAGCCUGCAUGACUGCACGACGAGUAAAGCAACUCAAUGGACUAUCACUCCCGAGAUCCCCCCAAGUGUAGCGUCUCUCUCAGCGGUACUUGAUCAAAAGCUCUCGAGGCAGGCAUUUGAAGCAAUUCAGGCGGGGGCUUUGCAAAAUGAUGCGUUUAACUCUGAUAUACAUGCCGGGCUGACUCGGUUGGUUUCUGGUAUCUGCUAUGAAUCCGACGAGGAACGUCAGCUAUAUGAUGGGAUAUUUUCCUCGCGGCAAUUAACCAACCUCGCUUAA